GCAGAGUAUUAGCAGUUUGGGAGCCUGCCUGCCGCAUUGAACGAAAGGGUAAAGAGGCCGGUGUGUGUGCGAAUAUAGCGAGAGAGCGACAGUCGACGGCGAGAUGUGGCGGCGAGCGGUGGCCCUGCUGUUGGCACUCGCGGUUCUCGGCUCUAACGCAGCCGAUGGCAGCAGGCCGAGGAUUUCGACGUCGCUCGGCCCGCUGGAGGGAAUAUGGAUGACCUCAGAACUGGGAUACAGGUACGCCGCCUACCUCGGAGUACCGUUCGCACAACCACCGCUGGGAAAACUUCGAUUUCAGCUCGCCAAGCCGGCUGAACCUUGGAAAGGUACAUGGGACGCGGGAAUCAUUGCGCCUCAAUGUCUGACAUUUGACCACCGCAUGCAUCCGAUGGACAAUCAAGCCAUCAAAGGGCAUGAAGACUGUCUUUACCUCAAUAUCUACACUCCUGAGAAUAGUGAAAAAAUGAAAAAACCGCUGGCAGUAAUUGUGUUCAUCCACGCUGGGGGGUUCAUGUUCGGAACAAGUAACCAGUACGGAGCGAAAUACCUUGCAGACCGCAACAUUGUGUUGGUCACCAUCAAUUACAGGAUCGGCCCCUUCGGUUUCCUGAGUUUCGAAGACGACGUCCUCCCUGGCAACAACGGACUGAAAGAUCAGGUGGAGGCGCUGCGCUGGGUCAAAAAGCACAUCGCUUCCUUCGGCGGUGACCCUGAAAACGUUAGCAUAAUGGGUCUCUCCGCAGGAGGAUCCAGCGUUCACUAUCACUACCUGUCGCCGCUCAGCAAAGAUUUAUUCAAACGCGGCGUGUCAAUGAGCGGCACGGCUUUGUGCAGGUGGGCGCUCACCGAAAACGCCAAAGAAAAAUCCUUAAAAAUCGCGGCUGGGGUCGGCUGCACGCAGACAAAGUCGGAGGAAAUUUUGGACUGCCUGAGAGAACGACCUGCGCAGAACAUCGUUGCUCAGGUGGAGCACCUUCAGGUUUGGCAGUACACGCCCUUUUCACCUUUGGGACCAGUUGUCGAGAAGAAAUCAAAGGAUGCAUUUUUGACCGACACGCCUGCAAAUCUUCUUAAGUCAGGAAAAUUCGCAAAGCUCCCAUGGGUUACGGGAGUCACGGCAUCCGAGGGUCUUUACCCAGCGGCAACCUUCGUGUCGAAAGAUCACGAGUUAUCAAGACUGGACGCAGAGUUCGAUGACCUGGUGCCCUUCUUGUUGGAUUUCAACUACACUGUCUCCGCAGCCGAGAAGCAAAAGGUGCUCGAUUUGAUCAGGACGGAAUAUUUCAACGGAGAGAAAAUUGACUCCAAAUCCGUGCCACAGAUCAUAAAGAUGAUUUCUGACAGACUGUUUAAAUUGGACGCGCAAAUCGCUGCCGAGGUGCACGCGACGCGCACGCCAAAUGUGUGGUUUUACCAUUUCACCCACAGGGGAAAGCACAGCUUGAGUGAUCUCAUGUCAGGAACAUCAAAUGACUACGGUGCUAGCCACGCAGAUGACGUGUCAUACUUCCUCAACGUCACGUUUAUCCCUCAAGACGUACCAAGAACAGGGCUUGAUGCAGAUCUGCAGAAGCAAAUGACUGACUUGUGGAGUACUUUCGCAGAAGUUGGUAUUCCGUUGGCUCCCGGAGUUUUAUGGAAUCCAGUGAAGCCUGAGUCGCCGCUGCAGUAUUUGCUGAUCAACUCGUCUUACCCUUCAAAGAUGGAGACGGUGGAUGAUUUAGGAAAUGCUAAAUUUUGGCAAUCCCUUCCUUUCCAAGAGUCGGUGCAAAUAAUAAGCAAAAAUUCAGCUCGAGAUGAGCUCUGAGAAAGUUUGUUUGAAUUAAUUUGCAUUUAAAAAUAUGUUGUAUGUUUAUGUAUUUCGAAAUAACAUCAGUCCACUUAAGAUAAAUUUGCUCUCCCAGUUAAGGAGAAAUUAUUUUGACUCACCAAAUUUAUAUUGCAAAUUGUUAAGAGUCCUAUCUUUACAAAUGGAAGUACAAAAAGACAAUUCUAUUGUUUGUUAAUUAAUUUAAAAAUUCUCGUUUGUCAUUGUGCAGAAACAAAUAAGUAAUCGUACAAUCAAACUGUUUACCAAUUGGUGUCAACUAAAUAAAUAAAAAAUAUUGCAAAGGAAAA